AUGGUCGCCGAGCGGGUCCCCAUGGUCGCGACGGACUCCGGUAGUAAUUCCCAGUCGCGAGGUAUUCCCGGUUUUCGUCGCACACCAGCAGGGAUCGAAUGCUCGGGAUCCGGUCGCUUUCGCUUCAGCCCCGGCCUAGCGAGUCGGGGAAAACUCAAAGGCUGCACGAUUCCGAUACCUGAUGUCGACCCGAGAUCGGUAUACAAAGAAGGCUCAGAUGGCCCUCGUCCUAUUCGGUGGAAGGAUGACCGGAAUAGAAUCAACAAAAAACAGAAGCCCAGACUUAGCGAAAAGGAGCGGGUAGUCCGGAAUGGACUGGUCACAGAGAGGGGUUCGGCCAGUGGAGGCAGAGCUCUCGCACAAUCAAUAUCUGUCGCAAACCAGGACGUUAUCCUUAGCUCAGGACAAGAAUUGUAUAGGAACAUACCUUCUGAGACCCCCCGGCCAUCCUCAAUAAUGGAGACGUCUGUUGGGCAGUGGAUCGCACCAGUCGAUUACAGAACCCGCGAAUCAUUCGACUACUUCGCGAAAUACAUCGCUCCUGUCAUGGUUGUUCUUGAUAUAUCCAAUGGCUACCGGGACAUUAUCCUGCCCAUGGCUUUUGAAGACAGCCUUCUACAACAGGCCGUUGCUGUUGUGGCCGCGCAACAUCUUGGCUCCCGACACCCCUCAUGUCGAGCGGCGACCGAGUCCAGCCGGUCGGCAAUAAUAUCUCGCUUACGACGUGAUUCUCAGCUUGGUUCGCCCGAUCUCGUGUUUAAUUCAUCCACUUGGGCGACUCUGAUCGUGCUACUUGUUGGGGAAACCGUCACCGGAAGCUCCGAGUAUAGCCACCUGUUACGGACUCUCCUCACCCUGGCCCAAAACAUGAGAAGCGUCGGAAAUACCGAGCUGAGAGAUUUUCUCACAAAGCAGACGGACAUGUUUGCGUUCCUUGGACAGCCACUUUUGAACGAAGACCUGGGCGCGGAGAGACUUAGAAAUCCGGUUGAUCCAAGUGUCUGGAUGGCUUCGAGAGUUAACGCUGAUUCGCACCAUCACAGAACAUUGUCACUUGUCAGGAAAGUCUUCUCAAAGGGUGCACAAAUAUAUCUUCAGCGUGCGACUACAAAUCAAAGCUCGUGGCAUGUUUUGGAAGAGCUGCGCCAGCUUCUUUGUCAGAUGAGCCCCACGGAGCCAGGUGCCCAUGGAUUCGUAUGGUCAUGCUUCAUUGCAGCAGCGGAUAGCGUGGAUCCCGAGCACAGAGCUUUCUUCAGCGAUUACUUGAAAGGGGUAUAUUCACGAACAAUGUUCGACAAUAUCCCUAAAGCUCUUGACGCCUUACCUGCCAUUUGGGAUCUGCAGGGUUCCGCGAAAGUUGUCGGUUUACCUCCAAUUCAGGCUGAUAGACACGGUAACAGCCCCGGGUGGCAGGGGCGCACAAAGAUGUGGCCUGCAUACGUCAGUAAAGGUGGAAUAGUCAACUAUCCGAUCGGAUUAAGUGAGCCGAUUACAAAGGUGGGUCACCAUACAUUGGCGGCCUCAGCUGACAGGAAAAGCAACCUUUACUCACCUUGCAGUUGGAUGGUUCAAAAUUCAAGCUCGGGAGUCCCCGUAAAAAGGACAGAGGGAAUUGCCGGGGGUGCAUGUGAAACGAAGAAAACCUACGGAAGAGAGGAAAAAUCCGUUAGAGCUUGUUUCGCUACGAGGGCUAGAAAGGGGAUGGAAGGGGCUCUAGGUUCUACCUUCUACCAAGGCCCCAUGAGCACCAUGCAAAUACUCUCCGGUAAAGUCACUACGGAUUAUCACGAUGGCCGAGCUGAUAUUAUCCUCUCUCAAGUUCUACAUAUAACAUUGUAUCCGGCUCCACACGAUACUGAUGGGAAUCACUACUGCCAUUCCAUGGGAACGGACCGACACUUCACAUUGUCAGCCUUCUCGGCAAUUCUCUGCUCUUUUCUCGAUAUUGUCAUCCUCACUCGUAACAUGCGAGGAACCUCACAAUUCUUGUCCACUCCACAAAAGCUUGAUUCUCUGAAUGCUAAGCUGUGCCUCUUCGCCGGGAAACCUGCUUAUCCAGCUGCUACCCUGAAAGUCUCGUCAUUGACUUCGGACUGCACACCUGUUGACUGGCUUGUUAUUUCUAUUCUCAAUUAUCCCUGGAGAUCACUCACCAAAACCGGACCUUCUGCCCAUGAGCUGAAUAGUUCAGUCCGGCUAUGGGCAGAUCAGCUUUCGGCUGCUGGGAAGGCUCAGUCAGGCUUAUCACUUCGCGCCGUUGAAACGACCGCGGGAAUUGGAACACUAGGAACUGGCAUUGAAUCAGUGUCUGCCUCUCAGGGACAUAUGAAUGAACAAGCUCUGAACCAAGCAUCUAAUGUUAGGGAAAACUUGUCGACAUUCACUCAGCCACAUGAUGUUCAUCUACCAUGGCAAAUCCUGGCUUCUGGUUGUCUGCCCGAUAUUGCGUCUAAUGUGGUCUGGCUCUGGUCUGGCUCUGGUCUUGCUCUGGGGUCUGAUUUGGGAUGA